UUUCUACAUGAUAUAUAAAUAAGUGUGGGAAAGAGUUGGACAUUAUUCGCUCCAAAGCCUUUAACAUGAGAAAGCUUUUGUUGAUUCUAGACUUUCUUUUAUGUUUAUCAUUGUCGACAUCACAUACGUCGUUCUUGCCUGGUGAAUCCAAAAAUGCAAGACAACAUAGAAAGGAACCCAAUUUAAAAGAUCCAUCAGAAGACAGCACUGCAUUUGAAUCAGAUAGUAUUUUGACGUCAGAAAGGGCGAACAAAUUAGCUAAAGAAAUUCUGGGCGGAAACAGGAAACGAAGACAGACAGUACAAACUACCAAACUUUGGCCAAAUGGUAUUAUUGUAUAUAAAUAUGACGAUAAUUGGCCUAAUAGCAAACUUGGUAAUCUUUCAAAAAGAAGUAUGGAAAAGGCAAUGAAGAUGUGGCAAGACAAAACAUGCGUGAAAUUUUUUCGGCAGACACCAACAACUCCUAGAAUCGGUUCGUAUGGAAGUGGUGUCAACAUUAUUUUUGGACAAAUGUGUCAGACGAUUGCUGGAAGGUCUGCAUAUGGAUUUGGAGAUCUUGAAGUUGAUGAAAACUGUGCAGACAACCCUGGAAAUUUGGCCCAUCUACUUGGUCACGUAUUAGGUAUAUUCCACCAACAUAACCGACCAGACAGAGAUAAGUACAUCACUGUGAUGUUUGAAGCUCUUAAGCAAGACGCCUGGAAAUACUUUAUUCAAGCAAAUGAAAAUCAUACAGGACAACUAAAUAAACCGUAUGAUAUUGGAUCUAUUAUGCAUCUUGGUGGACACAUGUUUAACAAGUACAAUUUAACAAUUCAACCAAAGGAUAAAAGACUGAUGGCAGUAAUGGGCCAAAGGACACAUUUGAGCUUCCUGGAUAUACAAAAAGUAAAUGAUUUAUAUACCUGCAAUAGAAACUGUCCACGAGGUACAAAGUGUAAAAACGAGGGUUACAUUGGUCCUAACUGUUCUUGUACCUGUCCUUUAGAUUUAACUGGAAGAAAGUGUCAAAAAGUUGUACAGAGUUUUUCGGGAUGUGGAGGCGUUCUGAAGAGAUCAUCAGGAACAUUCUCAUCUCCUGGUUAUCCACAAAAAUACCCAAAUUCAACCAGAUGCACAUGGCUGAUACAGGGCACUGCAGGAUCAUCUAUAAGCUUGAAAUUUACAUCAUUUGAAAUUGGAGAAGAUGCUGACUGUUAUUAUGAAUUCAUCGAAGUAAAAACCUAUGGACUUACUUUAGAAGGACCACGAUUUUGCGGCAGCAUCGCUCCUAAAGAAAUCAGAUAUAAUGGGAGCACAUUACUAGUGAACUUUAACUCAAAUCACCUUUAUAAUACUAGUAAUCAUGGAUUUCAGGCUCAAUAUACUAUUCAUUAACAUUUGACUUUUGAUGUCAUUUUACACACACACAUUUACAUCUCAAAUAAAUAUGUUAUUGUCUUAA